AUUUCUCAUUUCCAUUUUCUUCUAAAAACUCUCUUCUUCUCUCAAUCGAUUCUAAGCAAAAACCCUAGUAAGAAAGAAAACAGAUAUCCAAUUGAAAAACCCUUAAUUUUUAUGCUCAUGGAGACCACUACAGAUUCUUCUUCCAGCUCACAACAACCACAUCUCCCUCCUGGUUUUCGAUUCCAUCCAACAGACGAAGAGCUCGUUGUUGAUUACCUAAAAAAGAAAGCUUCGUCAUCUCCACUGCCAGUUAAUAUUAUUGCCGAAGUUGAUCUUUACAAGUUUGAUCCAUGGGAGCUUCCUGGUAAGGCGACGUUUGGUGAUCAGGAAUGGUAUUUCUUUAGUCCUAGAGACAGGAAAUAUCCCAAUGGUGCAAGACCUAAUCGAGCUGCAACAUCUGGGUACUGGAAAGCAACUGGAACUGAUAAACCAAUCUUAACCUCCGGUGGGACUCAAAAGGUUGGGGUGAAAAAGGCACUGGUUUUUUAUAAAGGAAAACCACCUAAAGGAGUCAAAAGCAGUUGGAUCAUGCAUGAAUAUCGUCUCGCUGAUAAUAACGAGUCUAGUAUGAAGCCUCCUUGUAUCCAUCCAGCUAACAAGAAUACUUCACUGCGAUUGGAUGAUUGGGUUCUAUGCCGAAUUUACAAAAAGAAUACCUCUCAGAGAUUAAUUGAAAAGGAUGAUUCAUUGGACGACAUGCUUGCUUCACUGCCAGCCUCAAAAUAUUAUUAUCGAGAUCAUGAACCAAAUUAUAAUCCUAAGUUCAACGAAAAUGAUGAAAAUUUCUUCAAUGGUUUAUUAGGUUCUACUAACACAGAAGGUAUUAAUCAAUAUGUUUCAACAUCUUCUUCAGCUUCGACUUCAUCUAGCUUCAAGCCGAUCUUUUCUGGAACACUUCCAUCAUCUACUACUGGGAGUACCCAAACACUUAAGCGAACACUUCCUUCUCCUUAUUGGCCAGACACUACAGGUGUAACUAUGCAUCAAUCAGCCAAGAAAUUCCAUACAAAUAACAACAUGGAUGGGAAUUACAACAGUGACAAUAGUGGAAACUACAACGAUACUAAUGAGAAUGUCAACAAUGGAAGCAAUGAUAAUACAAUGGCGGCUUUACUAAAUCAGCUACCCCAAGUUAGUCCUGUGAAUCAUCAAGUUCUGCUUGGGUCUCUUGGUGAUGGUUUUUUCAGACAACCGUAUCACAACUCCAACAUGAACUGGAACCCUUAGUAAAGGUAUUUUUUAAGUUAUUGAUCAGAUAUAAGUCCUAAGAUACUCUGUGUGUAUAGAUUUCCACGUGUCAGUAUAAGAAAAGGAACAUAAGAUAUCAAGGAAACGAGGAUGGCGGUUUUCUUAUAGAGUUUUUUAUUGGGCAUCAGAGAUUCUGUCUGUCAGAAGAAAAAAAAAAUGUCCAAAGAGAGUCAUCGUCUUAGUUCAUGAUUUCUCUCUCUGGGUAUUGACUUUUUCAGAGCUGAUAUUUUCAGGUGAGUUAUUAUGAAUAUCCUAAAUUAGAUAGGAUCUCUAUUUAUUUUUCAUACAUAAUUCGGUUAAACAUAUAUACUUGUAAAUUAUUAAGUUUUUAUAGCGUAAAGAUUGUUAUUCACUGAUUAACAUUGUAUAGAAUUAAUAAUACAGAUUGUUGGUAUUGAGUUUUACUGAUUA